AUGUUCGAUGAAUAUGAUAGUCCUACAUUUCGUACUAAACCUGAUGAUUUUCGGAAUAUGGCAAGUCCAUUCUUUCAGUUCAUCAGUUCAUCUUGUCAACUAUCACUACAAGCAAUCUCCACUCAAUUACUCGCAUUUUAUUCGACAACAUUGAUUACUCCAAAGUUGAUUAGUCCGGAACAAUUUCAAAUUCAAAUUAAUCAGCUUAUUUCAGGAUUUAUUGAAAAUACUGCCCAAGUAUUUCUCAAUUCAUUAUUACUAGCCAAUAAUAUGACACGAGCGAAUAUGUUAAUAUCAGGACUGUCAAGCGAUUCAAUAUUAACUCUUUAUCCAGAUUAUUAUUAUAGGAUUUACUACGAUUACGAAUAUGUUUAUGAUAAUACAGAUCAAGUAUAUAAUGCAACAUUGUCUGGAACUAACUGUGAUUGUCAGUAUUCAUCUUGGUGUAAACAACAAGCGAUAGUCUAUUACAUAGAUGCAAUAACAUACCUUUUUGUUAUACCAGGCAUAUUCGUUGGUUGUUACGUCGUUGAGGCAGUAUUACAAAGUGAUCUACAAUGUUUCUAUAAUUUUAGCUGUCUACAAGAAUUAAGUGAUAAAUUGAUGAUAAAUAUAAGUGAAUCUGAUGUUCUUUCAUUAAAUUCAUCACGUUAUCAAAUGGAUACAUCAAUGUUAGAGAUUAUUUCAAACUUAAUGGUUGAAGAAUGGAAUAAUCGAACAUCCUACAGCAUAUAUUUUAAUCGAUGUCAACCAAAAAGCUGUACAGCAACUUAUAUUGGUCGUGGUGAUAUUGUGUAUAUUGUCACAACAAUGAUUACUCUCAUCGGUGGCCUAACAACACUAUACAAAUUCCUUGUACCAAUAAUUGUCAGCGUAUUUAUGAAGAUAAUCAUUCCAUUUAUUACACAGAAAUUCAAUCAAAAUAAUGUUACUCCAACAAUAGAAACUAUUCCUUCUCCACGCAUUCCCAUUUGA